CACUAUAAGGCUCAAUGAUCAACCCAGUUGGCGUAAAUAGUAACUAUUUCAGGGACGGGGCGGGUUGGUCGUAGGGAUAAAUGYCCAUCUGCUCUCCUGUUCCAGUCAGCAUCCAGGGAGUCUCAAACAGAGAGAUGAGAGAAGCACUCAACGACCUGGUGCGGUACUGGAGGCUUUACCUGUUGACGUUGGUAUUGGGAAUUGGGGGAUCAUUUCAAUUGGGGAUGCAAGUUUCCAUCAUGGCUUCUCCAGCUGAGCACAUCCAGAGCUUUGUGAACCAYACCUGGCUGAGGAGGUAUGAGGUUCCAGUAAGCGAUUCAACCAAAAUGCUCAUCUGGUCUUUCAUAGUGUCUGUGUUCAGCCUGGGAGGAUGGGUKGGGGCUAUACACAGUGGCAGCCUCCCUGUCACCUACGGCAGGAAGAAAGCCCUGCUGUUCAACAACAUAGUGGCCCUCGUAGCCGCUGUACUGAUGGUCUUCAGUCGCAUGGCCAAUUCCUUUGAGAUGAUCCUGCUGGGCAGAUUUCUCUAUGGAUAUAAUGCUGGCCUGGGGUGGAACGUGCACCUGAUGUAUCUGGGCGAGAGUUCACCCAAGAAGCUGAGAGGAUUCCUGACCAUCACCAUCAACAUCUUCAAUAACCUGGGGAAGGUCAUGGGUCAGAUUGUUGGAAUCAAGGAGCUGAUGGGUACCGAUGACAUGUGGCCCUGGCUCAUGGCCCUUGGUGGCCUCCCUGCCAUCCUCCAAUUUGUGACCUUGCUGUUCUUCCCUGAGGCUCCCCGCUACCUAUACAUCGACAAGGGAGACACUGAGGGCUGCAAAAAAGCCCUGCACUGGCUGUGGCAGGAGGAUGACCUGCAGAUGGAGAUGGAUGAAAUGGGGAAGGAGAGAGCGAGCAUGCAGGGCCAGAAUGUUAAGACCAUUUGGGAUGUGCUGACUUCUCGCUGUGUCAGGUGGCAGCUGCUGGUUCUGGUCAUCCCUUGUGCCGGCGUUCAGUUCUGUGGGUUUAACGCGAUUUAUUUCUACGCUUUCGACAUCUUCCGUGAAGCUGGAGUAGCAGAGGACAAGAUGCAUUACCUUUCCAUUGGCAUCGGAACAACAGAUCUCAUCACCAUCACUCUCUGUUCUCUGUUGAUAGACCGCGCGGGCAGGAAGAUGCUGAUGGGCUAUGGCUACCUGUUGAUGGGAGUCAUCAUGUCCGUCCUGAUUGUUAUGCUGUCUAUCAAGGACCUGUACUCAUGGUUUCCCUAUGUUAACAUCGCCCUCAUCUUCUCUGUCAUCUGCGUUUAUGGACUAGGACCUUCUGGAAUAGCCAGCACCCUCCCUGCAGAUAUCUUCCUGCAGGCCUGGAGACCGUCCGCUUUCGUCAUUAGCGGCUCCAUCAACUGGUUAAGCCUGUUCUUGAUUGGGAUGUGCUUCCCCUUCAUAGUGGAUGGACUGGGCCAGUUCUGCUUCCUGAUCUUCGUAGCAUACUGCCUCUUCAGCGCAGCGUUCGUACUCUACUUCAUCCCAGAGACCAAAGGCAAGAGCACGGUGGAGAUCAUGGAGGAGUUUAACAAACUCAACUACAAGAACAGGGGAACAGACACCGAAAAGGCUGACUUUGUUAUGGCAACGAAAUUUUAAAGAAAUGUAUUGAGUGGCUUGAGCGAUAUUGGUACACUCUUAGAAAAAAGGGUUCCAAAAGGGUU